UACAGUUCAUCACACACACUGUUACAUGCACACUGCUUCUCUUCAUCUCCGCAAAGCCAAUCACUAAAACCUGAAGAUGGGAAAGAUUAACACAUGCCUCAAAUGCCUCUUUAUCUUCUUCAAUGUGCUGUUCGCAAUCAUCGGAUGCAUACUGGUCUUCGGGGCCAUUAAGUCCUCCACCUACAGCAGCCAGCUGUCGUCGGUGGGGGGCCCGAGCCUGGCCUGGGCUUGGGUGAUUGCCAUCGGCGUCCUCUGCAUCUCCUCUCUGGGAAUCUAUGCAGGAGUCUCCGAGAAGCCCCUGGCCCUCAAAAUAUUCGCAGGAUUCAUGGGGAUUGGAAUGAUCAUCAUGCUGAUCUUUGGCAUCGUUGUUGUCGUCGCAAGAAAUACGAUCAAACAAGGCUUUGACAGUGCCUCUGAGGACAUUGCAAAGGUUUUCAUGGACAAUGAGGAGACACAGAUGUUUAUUGAAGCACUACAGCAAACUUACCACUGCUGUGGAGUGGCGAGCGCUAAGGACUGGGGUAACAAAAUCCCCAUAUCCUGUGAGUGCACCUCUUAUGUCCAAGGUGGAUGCAAAGCCAAACCUGCGGGAACUUCAGGCCCAUACCAAAUUUAUGCACAGACUUGUGGUCAGUUCAUCUAUGCAUUGAUCAACUUUGUUUUUGAGAUCUCCAUGGGCCUCUGCUUUGGAUUUGCCAUCACUGCACUGCUGGGCCUGCUGGUCUCCCUCCUGAUGAUCCAUCAGGUCAAACAUCAUGACAGCGAGGGCGCAGGGUCCAUGGCUAUGAAGGGCUACUGAAGGCAACGCUCCACCUCUGGCCCUGACCUACAACCUCUGCACUGUAGCAGGAGGUUUCAGGGUUCUUCUUUACUUUUGUUGACAUUUCUGCCUUAUAGUUGCGCAGCAGGGAAAGCAGGAGACAGAGGGGUGAUGUGGCAUCCUGCAGGAAGAUUUUGUUUGGGAGAAAAACUCUGCCUUGUGGAAAUUUUUUCUUCCACCUUCCUAUUGUAGAAAAUAUUGCUAAAUGCUUAUUUUAUCUUUUUGUGAUUUACAGUAUGUAUCUCUUCACUUAUUUGAUGAUCUGCAGUAUUUUAGCAGUCUUAUGUAACAAAGAUAUUGUAGAAACAAUGUCCUUUCUAAGCUCAGCUUUUUCCCAUGGCUGCUGAUAUAUUAACCUGAGGAUGUCACAGCAUCAGUUAUCACAGUCCUUUUAAAAGCGACAGUAUAAUUGUUUGGAAAAUUCUUAUGGCCUGAUCAAACCAGGAAACAGUGAUGUUAACAAAAUUGGUGCUGCUAGUAGCUCAGUGUUGUAGCGACUGUAGAGACAUAUUUCUGAAGGAUUUAUCAACAUAAAGUUUGCAAGAAAAUUUCAGAACUUCCUCAGGUUAGAAUGAUCAGGUCAGAGGUCACUAACCAAAACAAAACAAAAAAAAUAACUGUAUGAUAAUGAUGUUUCAUGGUUUCUAGACUUUGUGUACAUCCUUGUAAAUGCACUUAAAAUCAGACAGUAGACUUCUGUCUUAAAAUUCAAGACACUGCCAUGUGUUUAAAUGGCAAAUCCUGGCCUGGCUUUUCAGAAUUAGUAAAAGUUUGUUUUUUUUUCCACUGUAGAGAGCAGGUGACAUUGGGGCAGCGGAAACCCUGGCAAAACCUGCAGCACUGAACACAAAAUUUGAGCAUAAAGAAACCUGUCAACACAAUAAUGAAUGUAGCAUGACUGUGGAGCUUCACUGAGGAUAAAGCCAGUAAAUGACCAAAACCAACAACUCAGCGUAACUGAAGUUUAAGAUCUCCCAAAAGAAGGGACAAAUAGUGGGAUAGAAAAUGUUUUAUUGUGAAAUCUGCAUUUAUAUUCCAGAAUAAA